AAUUCAGAAAACUUGAAACCAGUCCGUCCGCCGAAAGGGUUCGUUCCGUCGUGUUGUACUUCUUCCUUCGGUACCGGUCGUUCUCAAAGUCUUACCUUUUCUUCCUUUCCCUUGUUGGUCCGAGCGCGCGCCAACUCGCAGGAACUGAGGGGUUUAAGCUCACUGCUAAACCCUACUUUCAGCCAGCGUUCUUCUUCCUCUCCGAAACUCCCCUUCCAGCGCGGAACAAUGAGCUUCGCCGCCUGCAAGAUGAUGCACUUGCCGACCGGCAUUGAAUGCUGCGACGCCGGCUUCAUCACGCAUUGCCGCGCCGACUUCGUCCCUCCAAUUGCUCCAAUGCAGACCGACGAACUCGAAUCCGAGUGGCCUUCCAAUCGAAGCACUGGCCCAAUCUCUAACCUCGUCGUCACUGCGGGCAAUGUCCUGGAGCUCUAUGUAGUUAGGGUUCAGCAGGAAGGCAGCAGGGAGUCGAGAAAUUCAGGCGAAUCGAAGCGCGGUGGGCUGGUCGAUGGCGUCUCUGGCGCUUCGCUUGAGCUUGUGUGCCACUACAGGUUGCACGGUAAUGUUGAAUCAAUGGCGGUACUGCCUUCAGAUGGAGGCGAUAGUUCCAGGAGGAGGGAUGCAAUUAUCUUGGCGUUCAAAGAUGCCAAGAUUUCGGUGCUGGAGUUUGAUGAUUCUAUGCAUGCACUGCGUACUAGCUCUAUGCACUGUUUUGAAGGUCCAGAAUGGUGCCAUCUGAAAAGAGGCCGAGAGUGUUUCGCGGCAGGGCCGUUAAUAAAAGUUCAUCCAAGAGGCAGAUGCGGUGCUGUUCUUGUUUAUGAUUUGCAGAUGAUAAUACUGACUGCUGCUCAGGUCGGUUCUGGUUUGAUUGGAGAUGAUGAUGCCCCUGGAUCUGGUGGUGCAAUAUCUGCUCGCGUCAAAUCAUCAUACAUUUUAAAUCUUCGAGACUUGGAUGUGAAGCAUGUAAAAGACUUUGUAUUUAUAAAUGAUUAUAUGGAGCCUGCAGUGGUCAUCCUUCAUGAGCGCGAACUUACUUGGGCUGGUCGCCUGUCAUGGAAGCAUCACACUUGCAUGAUAUCUGCUUUUAGCAUUAGCACGUCACUGAAGCCUCCUACCCUGAUAUUUUCAUCUCUGAAUCUUCCGCAUGAUGCGUACAAGCUACUUGCCGUUCCGUUGCCAAUUGGAGGUGUUCUUGUCAUUUGCACAAAUUCCAUACAUUAUUACAGUCAGUCAGCCUCUUGCGCGUUGGCUUUGAACCAUUAUGCAGUUCCUAUAGACAGCAGUCAAGAGCUACCGAGAGCAAGUUUUGAUGUUGAACUUGAUGCUGCCAAUGCAUCUUGGUUACUAAAUGAUGUGGCCUUACUGUCAACAAAAACUGGGGAACUUCUAUUGCUAACCCUCGUUUAUGAUGGAAGGGUUGUGCAGAGGCUUGAUCUUUCAAAGUCUAAAGCAUCAGUUCUUACUUCGGGAAUUGCCAUGAUUGGUAAAUCAUUUUUCUUUCUGGGGAGCCGUUUGGGAGACAGUUUGCUUGUGCAAUUUACUAGCGGAUCAGUAUCUACCAUUUCUCCUGGCUUGAAAGAAGAGGUUGGUGACAUCGAUGACAUUCACGCAGCUAAGAGGUUGAAGAGAGUGUCAUCUGAUGCUUUACAAGAUGUGAUGAGUGGAGAGGAGCUUUCUUUAUAUGGCUCAGCUUCAAACAAUACCGAGUCAGCACAGGUUAUAAAAGCUUUAAAGACGUUCUCAUUUGCAGUGAGAGAUUCAUUGACCAAUGUUGGCCCUUUAAAGGACUUCUCCUAUGGUUUAAGGAUCAACGCUGAUGCGAAUGCCACAGGAAGUGCAAAACAGAGCAACUAUGAGUUGGUCUCUUGUUCAGGUCAUGGUAAAAAUGGUGCUCUAUCUGUUCUUCGGCAGUCGAUUCGUCCAGAAACGAUUACAGAGGUUGAGCUACCUGGUUGUAAAGGGAUCUGGACUGUCUACCAUAAGAAUUCUCGUGGUCAUAAUGCUGAUUCCUCCAAAAUGGCAGCCUUCGAUGAUGAAUAUCAUGCAUAUUUGAUUAUAAGUAUGGAGGCGCGGACGAUGGUUCUUGAGACUGGUGAUCUUUUGACAGAGGUCACUGAAAGUGUUGACUACUUUGUCCAAGGAAGGACAAUAGCUGCAGGGAAUUUGUUUGGCAGGCGUCGAGUUAUCCAGGUCUAUGAGCGUGGUGCGCGAAUUCUGGAUGGUUCCUUUAUGACUCAAGAUUUGAGCAUUGGUGCUCCUAACUCUGAAUCUGGUCCUGCCACUGAGACUUGUACUGUAAUGUCUGUCUCCAUUGCUGAUCCAUAUGUACUGAUAAAAAUGACUGAUGGGAGCAUUAGACUUCUUGUUGGAGAUACUGCUACUUGUACUGUGUCCAUGAGAACUCCACCUGCCUUUCAAAGCUCAAAGAACACAGUAUCUGCAUGCACCCUGUAUCAUGAUAAUGGCCCAGAGCCAUGGAUCAGAAAGGCAAGCACCGACGCGUGGCUUUCUACAGGAAUUUCUGAGCCCAUUGAUGGUGCUGAUGGUGGGACGCAUGAUCAUGGCGACAUAUAUUGCAUUGUUUGCUACGAGACUGGUGCACUGGAAAUAUUUGAUGUACCGAAUUUCGCUUCUGUGUUUUAUGUGGAUAAAUUUGUAUCUGGAAAAAGCCACCUUGUUGAUAGCAACGUGCAAGAACCAAGCAAUGAUCCUCAGGAAGCAGCACAUAGUAGUUCUGGUUCCGAAGCUGCCCUCGGUGACAAAGAGAGUAACCAUAACCUAAGAGUUGUGGAGUUGGCUAUGAACAGAUGGUCUGGGCACCACAGUCGACCUUUUCUUUUUGGUAUAUUGACUGAUGGAACAAUACUUUGUUAUCAUGCUUACCUGUUUGAAGGUCCAGAUAGUACCUCAAAGACUGAACCUCCUUCACAAAGUUAUGCUUCGAGGCUUAGAAAUUUGAGAUUUGCACGAACACCAUUGGAUACUUAUAUGAGAGAGGAAACAUCAAGUGGAAACAUCAGCCAACGGAUGACUAUUUUCACAAAUAUUAGUGGUCAUCAAGGAUUUUUCCUAUCAGGGUCAAGACCAGCUUGGUUUAUGGUGUUUAGAGAGCGUUUGCGUAUUCAUCCACAGCUAUGUGAUGGAUCUAUUGUCGCCUUCACUGUUCUUCACAACGUCAACUGCAACCAUGGCUUCAUCUAUGUCACAUCUCAGGGAAUAUUGAAAAUUUGCCAACUACCAUCUGGCUGCAACUAUGAUAAUUAUUGGCCAGUGCAAAAGGUACCACUAAGAGGAACUCCUCAUCAGGUGACUUAUUUUGCAGAGAAGAACUUGUACCCUCUUAUAGUUUCUAUUCCUGUUCAAAAGCCCCUCAAUCAAGUUCUUUCUUCACUGGUUGAUCAAGAAGGCAACCACCAAAUUGAGAGUCAGAACGCUACUCCCGAUGAACUUCAUCGAACUUACACUGUAGAAGAAUAUGAGGUGCGGAUCCUGGAACCAGAGAAAUCUGGUGGCCCUUGGCAAACGAAGGCUACAAUUCCAAUGCAGAGUUCAGAAAAUGCACUCACCGUGCGAAUGGUUACACUAUUUAAUACAACCACUAAGGAGAAUGAAACACUUUUGGCCAUUGGGACGGCAUAUGUACAAGGGGAGGAUGUUGCUGCAAGAGGCCGUGUGCUUCUGUUUUCUCUUGGGAAGAACACAGAUAACUCUCAGGUUUCUGAAGUUUAUUCCAAGGAAUUGAAGGGAGCAAUAUCCGCUUUAGCCUCACUGCAAGGGCACUUGUUAAUAGCUUCCGGACCUAAGAUUAUUUUGCACAAAUGGACUGGUACAGACUUGAAUGGGGUUGCCUUUUUUGAUGCUCCGCCAUUAUAUGUCGUCAGCUUAAAUAUUGUCAAGAACUUUAUCCUGUUGGGUGAUAUUCACAAAAGCAUCUAUUUCCUUAGUUGGAAGGAGCAAGGCGCACAACUUAGCUUACUAGCGAAGGACUUUAGUUCCCUUGAUUGCUUUGCCACUGAGUUCUUAAUCGAUGGCAGUACGUUGAGUCUUGUGGUUUCAGAUGCACAAAAGAAUGUUCAGAUAUUCUACUAUGCACCGAAAUCACCGGAUAGCUGGAAAGGACAGAAGCUGCUCUCGAGGGCUGAACUUCACAUUGGGGCUCAUGUGACCAAGUUCAUGCGGUUGCAAAUGCUUUCCACGGCAUCUGAUCAAGGCGGCGGUUCUGCUCCGGUGGUGGAGAAAACCAAUCGCUUUGCCUUGCUGUUUGCCACGCUGGAUGGAAGCAUUGGUUGUAUCGCACCUCUUGAUGAGCGUACUUUCCGGCGGCUUCAGUCACUACAGGAAAAGCUGGUUGAUGCCGUUCCCCAUGUUGCUGGCUUAAACCCUAGAUCCUUUCGGCAGUUCCAUGCUGAUGGGAAGGCCCACAGACCUGGCCCUGAAAGCAUACUGGAUUGCGAACUGCUCUCGCAUUACGAGAUGCUCCCACUAGAGCAACAGCUUGACAUCGCUCACCAAGUUAGAACAACCCGUGAGCAAGUACUGACAAACUUGAAUGACCUCUCAUUGGGAACAAGCUUCUUGUGAAACAACUGAAAAGGGGGGAUCGUCUUCGCCAAUGGCCUUUGCGAGUUGCUUCUGGGCUUCUGCGUAGGUGCUCGUUGUUUCCAGGUACUAUCGGUCAUAGGAGAUUGAAGGACCUGCAAUUGUUUGCACGUUCGAGCUUCAGAAGACCCUCUACCAACGCAAAAAGCAGAGCAGUUUCGGCCUUCGGAUAUCUGAAAUCUGAAGGCUCAGCUGACUCAUGUCUGCGGCUAUACAUUGCCCCUGACGAACAUCUCCAGCACAAGGCUAGGGUGGUUUGGUUAGUUAUUUAGAACGUGGGACUUUGUAACCUUAAAUUGUACAGCCAUCAAAGUACAA